UACAUACAUAAUUACCGCAUAGUACAAGGUCCGGAAAUGCAUACCGGGGAUGAUUCGAGGGUUGCCAAUACAUCCGGCUGUCAGUGAAUAUCGUGGACCGAAUUAGGCACGUAGUGGGAAUAUAAAAGGUGGGCAAUUGCUCGUUCGGUAGUCAAUCGAAUUUCAAGCCACGUCGAUCAAAGGUGUACCGGGGUGUGUUCAGUGAGCAUAGUCAGAAGAAGAGCGUACAGAGUACGGUAAAAACAAUAAAAAGAAAUGGCUGAAGUAUCCACGAUCCUGACUCACUGGCUGUCCGACAAAAUCGACGACUUCUCGACCUCGCCAACUUGUCUUCACAUCCACUUCAAGCCUCCGGUUCAAAUCCCACCGCCGCCACCGCCUCCGAAGAAGAUCGAGCCUUGCCGUCCUCCGAUUAACUUCGAGCUGACCAUCGAUGUCCACCAGUACUCGGCCGAGGAGAUCCGCGUGUCUACCGUUAACAACGUCAUCGUCGUCGAGGCCAAGCACGAGGAGAAACACGGUGAACAUGGACACGUGACCAGGGAGUUCCUGAGGCGAUGCACCGUUCCUCCGACAAGCGACAUCACCAAGGCCACCGCCUUCCUCUCCGCCGAUGGUGUCCUCAAGAUUACCGCACCGAAAAAAUCUACUUGCUGCAAACCUGGCGAGAGGAUCAUCCCUAUCGAACAGACCGGACGUUCGGCCUGCAAGUGAUUCUGUCGUCGAAUCAAAGGAGUAUGAAAAAGAGAAAAAAAAAAUUAGAGUUUUCAAUGGCAAUUAUGUAAUGAGGAGAGAACACGAUUAGUUUAGUUUGCAAAAAGCUCUUCGAGACCGAUCCGGUUGGUCUUGUUAUAUUCUUGUUGAUGCUCUUGGCUUGUUUCUUUGGCUCUGUAUGUUGAUUUAUGUAUAUAUUGUCGUAAGAGAAUGAGCGCAAGAGAGAGGGGGAGAGAAUCAUGUAAUAUUGGCUCAAAAUCAAGUUUACGUGUAUUAUUAAUGUCGCAUAAUUUCAGCGUUUAUACGCAUUAUAUAAAUAUACGCAAUUCAUGGUUACAACCUCGA